AUGUCCUUCGCCGCUCCAUCCCACCACCAACAUGACGACGGCCAGUCCCAGUCCAACAUGUCAGGCAUCGGCGCCGGCCCCCUGCCUACUGGCUUUGGCAUGGGCCCCCCUUCCAAUGCCGGCAACACCUUGACCGAGUUCACCAAGCGCAGGAACUGGUCGCAGCGCGUCAUCGAAGAGCUCAGGGACUUCCUGCACAUCCUCACUCCUGAUGGCCGCAUUCUCUACGUCUCCCCCUCUGCCAAAACCCUUACCGGCUAUGAACCGCGAUACCUGGUCGGAAAGUUCAUUGGCGAGUUCGUCCACCCCGAGGACAGCGGCAUCUUCAUGCGCGAGUUCAACGAGUCCAUAGCGUCGGGCAACCCUUUGCGCUUCUUCUACCGCUUCAAGCGCGAGGACGGCACAUAUAUCAUUUUUGAAUGCGAUGGCCACCCACACAUCUCGUCCGACCAAGGCGGAUACGGCCACAUGAGUGGCUCAGGUCAAGGUGCCAUGAGUGCCUCAGGCCUUUGCCGAGGCUUCUUCAUGAUGGCUCGCCCCUAUCCGACCAAGAACGCCGCCCUGCUCGACUCGUUCCUGGAACACAAGAUGGAGAACGAGCGAUUGAAGAAGAGAAUUGAAGAGUUGAAAAGAGAAGAGGUCGAGGAGAACCAGCAGCAAGAAAGACAAUGGCAGGAACAGUCCAGACGCGACCCAUCCGAAGCCGGCCGCGUCGAGGGCUCGAGUGAGCAUAGUAAAACACCAAACUACCAGGGCAUGCCACCACCCGCCAAACCUCCGAUAUCAAAUACUGCUCUCACUCGUCAAAAUUUGGACAGUGCUCUGUCGGCCCAACAGCCUGACAGCAUAGCGGACAAAAUGUCUCGCUAUGAGGGUUCAAAUCACCUCGAGACUAUUGAGAUGCUCACUGGUUUACGCUACCGCGAUGGCGAACGGAGUCAUGGAAUUUCGACAGGAGACACAUCACCCGCACUCAUUAGAGGUGAUGCCGGCAUCGCGAUUUUGCUCGACAGGGACCGCGAUGGCACCAAGGAGAAGAAAAAGAAGCUCAAAGUCGCCGAAGAAUACGUAUGUGCGGACUGCGGAACUCUGGACAGCCCGGAAUGGCGCAAAGGUCCCAAGGGUCCCAAAACAUUAUGUAACGCAUGCGGCCUACGGUGGGCCAAGAAAGAGAAGAAGAGAGCGGUCGGUGACAGCGGCACGAAUUCGAAUGCUGGUAUGACUCCAGGAGGUGUACCGUCAUUACUACACAAGGACAGCAGCGGAAGCAAUUGA